UCAACAUCAACUUUUCUUCUUUUGUUGAACAUAAAACAAUUGGCAAGUUGAUGAAAUGAAGCCCACCUGCAGCUAAAACGGCGAACUACUGUUAACAUAUUAAUCAAGUCAAAAGAAGACAGCCCUGGUUCUUCACUUUUGUUUCUUUCCAAUCAUGUAGAGAGCUUCCUAUAUAUAUAUAUAUAUAUAUAUAUACGUGGGCUGUCAUUAAACCAAAGUUCCUGAAUCAUCCAACUCAUGUUGCGCUUUCUUCUUUUUCGUCGAAAGAGAUGGACGUGAAGAAUGUUUUUGAUGUGUCUUCUUAUUUUUUCUUUGAAGCAACUGGUGACUCAGAGGCUGAUGUUGUGGUUGAUCCUAACAUUGUUACUGCCAUUAACCAUGAAGAUGACGAUGCUGAAUCAUGUAGCUACAUUUUAUCUGGCUUCCCAUUUGUUUGUGAUGUAAAUAACGGGUUUGAUGCUCAAGCUGUACAUGUUGAUGAUGAAGUGGAGGAAGGAGAGGAGGUUCAUAGUUACAGAACAUGGUCAAGUCAAGAACAAAAUGGUAUUUCUGGAGACAAGAAAUCGAAUGAUUCAUCUGAAAAAGUAAUGAGUGAAAUGGAGAAGAACAAGCUGUUCUGGGAAACGUGUCUGGCAUCUUAACUCUGGCUUCUGUUUUCUCUUAUUUAGUUUCUUUGCUAAUAUUUCUUCUGGAAUUGGGAUUGGGAUCCUUUGUUCGUCUUGUAACAUCAUUUCAUUUGGUUUGGAGUUAAAGAGAAAGGUAGGAAAACAGCCUGUCUAAAGACAGUUAAUUACUUCAAUGAUAACAACUGUACAAAUUAUCAUAUUUAAUUUACUGACUUGAGUUAAAUUUUCCGGAUUAC